CGAGAAACACAGCCGCGAGAGCGCGGCAAGACGAAAAUCGAGCGAAUUCAUCGUUAUCUGGAGCAAACGAGUUUGGAUUACGACGAUAUACUUGAGGGUAGCGACAGUAAAUCAAUUGGUAGCCUUAGUCAAAGACUUUUCGAAAGUGACGACGAUGAUGAUGACGAUAAUGAUGAAAAAUAUCUCGGAGCAUGUAACGGCUAUUCCUCGCAUCCGGGAAGUAAAUCGAAUCUUCUUCUCUGCAGUGAAUGCGAUCUAAAAUGUAGAACAUGCUCCUACAGGCCCCAAACACCGAGUGCCUUUGGUCGAUUUGCCGUCGAGGAGAAAUUGGAUCAUCCCUGCAGUUGUGAAAGUCCCAGCGACGAUCCAGAGACUCUUAAAGAUAAUCCAGAGGAGGAGGCGACUUGCUCGUCCUGUCGGCAGUACAGUUUCAAUGGAACUUCACGAAGAUGUAUUCAUUGUGACACAUCCGAUCCGGAUGAAGGCGAUUUAAUCUGCUUCAGAUGCCAGAGUGACGCCGGAUCGCGCUGUGAAAAAUGCGAGAGGGAUGGUGGUGGUAAAUAUCGUGGGAUUUAUUCGGCGACAGGCUCAUCGAGUGAGGACAGUAAACGAAUGACGAAAAUUCGUCUCAAUAGUAAAACAAUCGAUUUUGAAUCCGACGAAACUGGCGAGAGUGAUCCAACGAAUGGAUUAGAUGAGGAAAUUGUCACCGAAAGACUAGAGACAAUUGCCGAAGCUAAAGGUGAUACGGCUAGUGAAAAUGGCGAUGAUGAAAAUUCCCGAAAAUUAAAUGGUUCCUCAUCGCAGGCCAAAUUUCUCAAUUAUAUGAUCGUCAUCUUUUUGUAAAUAAUAACCCAGUCGGAUCAAAGAGCAUUUAACAAUUUUACUUCCACAAACAUUUUUUGGAAGUUUCUCUUUGCUUCUAUGAUCCAUAGAUAGCUUUAUUUUUCCCAGAAAAAAAAUAAAAUUUUGCCGAUACAGGUUCCAACCGUGCCUCGUUCAAAGGAGGAUCGAGUCUAUUCUUCAAAAGAAAAAGAAAAGUCUAAAUUCUAGACUUCCGGAUUAUCCGCACUUGUAAAUAAACUGCCAAAAAAAAUUAGAAUUUUGCACUUCAUGUCAAAAAAAAAAAAAAAAAAAAAAAAAAAUU